AUCGUCACUGCCCCACCAAAAUAAGCUUAAAGCCUAACGCUUCGGCUCCAAAAGCUCCCCAAAAUUCCGAACAACAUCCCACCUCGCCCUCCACUGAACAAACAAAGCCUCCGCCUCCUAUUACUCCGCAAUGGCGACGACAACCCAGUCGCAACCCAAACCCGCUCUCUCGUUCCCCAGAUCAAUCUUCGCCGCUGUCUCCCCGCACCCAUUCCUGCAAGCGCACCUCACAGCGUCCACACCAGCCAAAGCACCCCUCCGCGCAAACGGCCGCACAGCGCAGGAAUUCCGUGUUCCAGGCGUGAACACGGGCAGCUUGACGCACUGCAAUGGGUCCGCGGUCGUGCGAUUAGGCAACACAAGUGUAGUCUGCGGCGUCCGCGCCGAGAUAUUGAAAGCGGAGGAUGCGCAGGGCGGGGGCUCGGACUACACACCCACCGCCGAAGGUGACGACGAUCCAGAAAGAGACACCGUGGAGAUCGGGAACCUGAGACUCCUAGUCCCAAACGUCGAACUAAGCACAGGAAGCACGCCCCAGCACAUCCCCGGCUCGGCGCCCUCCACCUCCGCCCAAACGCUCAUAACGCGCAUCCGCUCGCUCCUCCUCUCCACGCACUUACUCCGCCUCGCCGAUCUCCUUAUCCAAUACGCUCCUCCCGCCAUUGACCCCGAUGAUCCCGACGCAGAGCCCGAGAAGCAGGUUAAAGCGUACUGGGUCCUCUACAUCGACAUAUUCUUCAUCUCGAUAGAUGGGAAUGCGUUUGACGCUGCGUGGCUUAGCGCACUCGCCGCGCUGAAGGAUGUACGGAUUCCGCACGCGUUCUGGGAUGAAGAGCUAGAGACGAUACUGUGCUCGGAUAAUCCUGCGGAUGCGCGGAGUCUGACGCUGCGCGGCCUGCCGAUUCCGGCUACGUUUGCGGUGUUUGAGGGGAGGAGGGACUGGGAUGAAGAAGGAGAGGGGGAGGAAAUAAAUUGGGUUCUGAGUGAUCCGGACGCGUUCGAGGAGAGUGUGUGCCGGGAGAGUGUUUGCGUGGUUGUUGAUUGUUCGGCGGGUCGUGGAUCGAAGGGGAAGAAGGGGCCGAAAGACGCGGUGUUGAGGAGGAUAGAGAAGAGUGCUCAACGGGAACGCGUGAGCUUUGAACACGUUGGGAGGCCAGACACCUCGGGCUGCUGGAUGAUCAGGAGCUCUGCAAGAGCAGUUGAUCUAGAAAUCGGAGCCCUAAUCGAAUCAUAAUUGCGAGUCGCCUAGCGUUCGCAGACCGGGUGCCGCAUAGAGUAGCCAUGAACAAGCCACCAUUGAAGGCGAUAGUCACAUUUAACAAUGACGUAAAAAUACAUGUACUGAACCGAUCCUCCGAUCCUUAUCCAACAACGCCGUCUUGAGGAAAAGACUUCCUAUGCCAAAUAUCGCCAAAAGAUGCUAAUGCAUGGUUGCUGAAAAUGUGAUGAUGAGAAAGAAAGAAGAUGGGAUGACAAAGGGAAG